UGCAUGGUUCUAUUUUCUGAGAUCAGAAUAUCCUUACAGGGAAGGUUGAGUCCAAAGCAGAGAGAAGGGAAAUAAAAAUACCAGUCUUUGGUCCCCAGAUGUGGCAUAACUGGAUUGUAUGUGUUGCUGGUUGGCUCUGACCUUUGCAGUCAAGAUUGAGAGCCAGAAAGACUGUGUAUUGUAGGGAUUUUUCCCUUUUUUGUUUGUUUGUAUAAAACCAGGGAGGGAAAUAGUUGAGUAAAAUCCAAGAGAGUUUCUUUAAUUUCACUUCUCCUGAGACGUGAAUCAUGAAACCGAAAGGCACUUGCUUGAUGUUUGAUUUGUUAAAGUGGUGACUCCAAGCUGCUGUCUCUUAGCCUUUUUGAACCUGUACCCAGUUUUGAUAAGCAUAAAAGUUUCCCAUUUCCUGCAAGAGUCUGAUUUUCUCCCUCCUCCUCACUGUGCAGCCUCCUUGAGAUGUAUAUGCUUUGUGAAGUCAUGGCAGUGGAGAAGAUGUUAUCAAGCUUUACUUGCUAUAAUUUUUGUUGCACAAACAAUAGGCAUUUGUUGGCCUUCCAAAUAUAUAAUCAGGGUCCUGUUAGCGUCUCAGAUGGAACCAACAUUUGCCAGGAAUGUUUUCCCUUGUUUUGAUGAACCAGCUCUGAAGGCAACUUUUAAUAUUACAAUUAUUCAUCAUCCAAGUUAUGUGGCUCUUUCCAACAUGCCAAAGCUAGGUCAGUCUGAAAAAGAAGAUGUGAAUGGAAGCAAAUGGAUGGUUACCACCUUUUCCAUCACACCCCACAUGCCAACUUAUUUAACUGCGUUUGCUGUCUGUGACUAUGACCAUGUCACCACAAUGGAAAGGGGCAAGGAGAUACGCAUUUGGGCCCGGAAAGAUGCCAUCGCAAAUGGAUAUGCAGACUUUGCUUUGAACAUCACAGGUCCCAUCUUCUCUUUCCUGGAAGAUUUAUUUAAUAUUAGUUACCCUCUUCCAAAAACAGAUCUGAUUGCCUUGCCUACUUUUGACGACCGUGCAAUGGAAAAUUGGGGACUAUUGGUGUUUGAUGAGUCAUUAUUGUUGCUGCAACAAAAUGAUGAACUACUAGAAGCAAAGAUGGUGAUCUCCCACAUUGUCUCCCACGAGAUCGGACAUCAGUGGUUUGGAAACUUGGUUACCAUGAAUUGGUGGAACAAUAUCUGGCUCAAUGAAGGUUUUGCAACUUAUUUUGAGUUUGAAGUAGUUAGCCACUUCAAUUCUGAACUCCCAGGAAAUGAGAUCUUUUUUUUUAAUGUUUUAUAUGAUGUUCUCAGAGAAGAUCACACCCUCGUGUCUAGAGCUGUAUCCUUGAAGAUGGAAAAUUUCAAAGAAAUGAAUGAAAUAAAUGAGCUCUUUGACAUAUUUAUUUACAAUAAGGGAGCGUCUUUGGCCCGGAUGCUUUCUAGCUUCCUGAAUGAGAAUUUAUUUAUCAGCGCACUUAAGUCGUAUCUGAAGACAUUUUCUUACGCAAAUGCUGAGCAAGAUGAUCUAUGGAGGCAUUUUCAAAUGGCCGUAGAUGACCAGAGUAAAAUUGUUUUGCCGGCAACAGUCAAAAGUAUAAUGGACAGCUGGACACACCAGAGUGGUUUUCCAGUUAUCACCUUAAAUGUAUCUACUGGUGUCAUGAAACAGGAGCCAUUUUAUCUUGGAAAGGUUAAAAAUCAGACUCUUCUAACCCACAAUGACACAUGGAUUGUACCUAUUCUUUGGAUGAAAAAUGGAACUACACAGCCUUUAGUCUGGCUAGAUAACAGCAGCAAAUUAUUCCCUGAAAUGCAAGUUUCAGAUUCUGAUCAUGACUGGGUGAUUUUAAAUUUGAAUAUGACUGGAUAUUAUAGAGUUAACUAUGAUAAAUUAGGUUGGAAGAAAUUAAAUGAACAGCUUGAAAAAGAUCCUAAGGCCAUCCCCGUUAUUCACAGACUGCAGUUGAUAGAUGACGCCUUUUCCCUGUCUAAAAACAAUUAUAUUGAGAUUGAAACAGCACUUGAUUUAACCAAGUACCUUGCUGAAGAAGAUGAAAUCAUAGUAUGGCAUACAGUCUUGGUGAACCUGCUACCCAGGAAUUUUGUUUCUGAUGUGGGCAACUAUGAUACAUACACAUUAUUAAAGAAGUAUCUACUAAAGAGACUUACCCCAAUAUGGAAUACUUAUUCAACUAUAAUCCGUGAAAAUAUGGCAGCAUUGCAAGAUAGCUAUUUAACUCUAAUAUCACUGGAAAAAUUUCUGGGGACUGUAUGUUUCUUGGGCCAUGAGGACUGUCUUCAGCUGUCCAGAGAACUCUUCAAAAGCUGGAUGAGCCAUCCAGGAAAUGAAAUACCUUAUCCAGUUAAAACUGUGAUUUUAUGUUAUGGCGUUGCCUUGGGAACCGAUAAAGAAUGGGAUUUUUUGUUAAAUAUCUACACUAAUAACACAGAGGAAGAAGAAAGGAAUCAACUUAUUUAUGCAAUGGGCUGCAGUAAAGACCCAUGGAUACUUAACAGAUAUAUGGACUAUGCCAUCACUACGUCUUUAUUCAAUUUGAGUGAAACAAAUAUAAUCGACGUUGUGGCAGCAUCUGAAGUUGGCCGGUAUGUCGCAAAAGACUUUUUGGUCAACAAUUGGCAAGCUGUGAGUGAGAGGUAUGGAACACAAUCAUUGGUUUCUCUAAUGUAUGUAAUAGGGAAAACCAUCAGUACAGAUUUACAGGUCAUGGAGCUGCAGCAGUUUUUCAGUCCCAUGUUGGAGGAGCACCAGAGGCUCACAGUUCAUGCCAAAUUACAGACAAUAAAGAACGAAAAUCUGAAAAACAAAAACCGAAGUGCCAGGAUAGCUGCAUGGCUACGGAAAAACACAUAAUUUAGUGGCCACCUUUGGCAUUCCCCUUGCAUAUUAUAAUGUCGUUUGCUGACAGUUUUGUCGUCCAGUACUCUGUGAGUCUGAAAACCACGUUUCAUUGUUUGUAUUUCAGUCACAUUUACUGCUCAGAGUCCUGUCCCUUCCAUGUUGUCCCAUUGGCUCUGAGCUCAGUGACUGCUGAGGAGUUUGCCAGCACUGCUGUAUUUGGGGGGAAGAUUUCACUUCAAGUCGGGCUAUGAAACCACAGAAUUUACUUUAAAUGCUUUGUAAAAACAAAUUUACCUCAGAAACUCUUGCUUAUUCUGCUGCGAAGGCCAGUGGAAUAUUCAAUCAUUGGCUAAGUGAGUACAUUCUUUUCUGAAGGAAAUACAGAUUUGCAAUACUCCAGGGUUUAUUUAGUUCAAAUAUUUACCAGAAUUAUGAGCAAAUAACACACGGGUAUAAAAGAUAGAAACUAGAAGAAUGAUACUCCCUGGAAAUCAGAAAAGCUGAAAAAAAGCGAGUUUUAGGAAGAAGGAACAGACAAUAUUACAAGCCAUGUGAAGUGCCCUGCAGGCGAGAACUGUGGCUGCUGCCCCUCCUGUCUCCCCAGAGCGCCUAGGCUUCGUGCCACACUUCGCUGGCUCCUGACUGCAGGGGGUCUCAAAAAGACCCAGGGUCGCAGGGCCCCUGAAGCGUCUGUGGGCUCACGCUGGAGGCCGCGCUAGAGAGGGAGGCCCUGCCUUGCAGCUCUCGGCUGCAUUUGCCUGUGGCACCCUUUUAGCCAAAGUUUAUGAGCAAAAUUAAUGAUGUGAACAGACGGUAGCAAUUAUGGGCUAAUCUUCAGCACAAAGGGAGAUGUUCAAAGAAAGAGAGAUGGAACUAAACGGUUAAUCAGAGCACAACUUUUACAGCUCCUCACUCAGGGCAUUAAGUUUGACAUGUGGUUUCAUCUGGCCAAAUUGAACCUCCUUGUAGUUUGGACAACUUUAAACAUUUUCAUCGGUCACAAUGUAUGGAAUGACCUUGGUCUUACUACCCCUGAUUAAAUCAGGACAGCUAAGGCAAACCCUCCCACUCUAGAGUUUGUGUGUAUCUGACUGAAGUCUGUGUUUUAAUUUUGAUUUUGUUUUUGUAGAAUGGGGAUUAAACUACAGAUCUCCUAUCUACCUCGGAGUGAUAUUGUAAAGACUAAGGAAUGCGUCAAUUAAAGGCCUUUAAAUAUGUUAUAUGAGCUCAAGACAAUGUGAUCUAAGGUUUUUACCCAAUUUCUUAUGUAAUGUUAAUGCAGCUACAAAUUAAAAUGCAAUUCAAAAGCU